GAGAGGACGUCUUUCAGCACUUUAGAAAUAACCACAGCGAUACCGGUCCUGUGGUUCAAUAUUUUACUUCAAAUAUCAGUAUUUUCAUAGGAGAAAUAAAUGGUACUGAAGAUAUCUCGUAUGUUAUUUAUAGUAAUGACAAUACUUUCUUUUUAAAAAUCAGCCUAGAUACAGCUGAAGGAGAUCAUACUGCAAUACCAAACAUUUUGUUAUGGGUGUGGUAUUUGGGCAAUAAGAAUGCAUCGAAGUACUUUGAAAUUCAAGCAGAGGUAAAGGACAGUUCCAAAGAAGACGUUCUUCUUAGUGUGAGGAGCUCUGUAUUUUCCCUAUGCUCUACAUCGUCAGAAGAAAUCAAGGCAUCUAAAAAGGGUAUUUUUUUGAGCUCAAAGAGCAUUGAAGCUCUAGGGUUCAAUUCGAAAAAAUUUAAACUGGAUGUUACAAUCUUGAGAAACGAAUUAUAAAUAUCAGAUUAUAUUUUCAGCAAUUUUAUAUUGAAAUUUCCUACUCAUACUUUUUGAGUGAUUUGUGUUAUUUAUGUUUUCAUAAUAAAAGAUAUCAUGUUGGAUUCUAA